UAUCCUACCAUAAAAGGAGGAAGAGGAAGAAAAACUCUGUCGAGACCAGGAAAUGGCGGUUGACUACUUACUGACAACAUCGCCUUCGUCGCUGAGAUUCUCCGAUUUCAUCUCUUCUUCCUUUACCCAAAACACCAACCACAUAUGUCUUCGCUUCUCACCGAAACCCAGCUCCGCGAGGAUAACCUGCGGCGCGAUUUCUUCGAAGAGGAAACUCGCCGAGAGAGAGAGCGCGGAGAGAGAGAACAGAGUCCUUGUACGGAACCUGAUGUCGAGGAUCAGUGACAGAGAGCCACUUGUUAAGACGCUUGACAAGUACGUGAAGGUCGUGAGAUGUGAGCAUUGUUUCUUGCUCUUCGAGGAGCUUGGGAAGACCGACAAGUGGCUCCAAUGCCUCGAGGUGUUCAGGUGGAUGCAGAAACAGCGGUGGUAUAUAGCAGACAACGGAGUGUACUCGAAACUGAUCUCUGUAAUGGGGAAGAAGGGCCAAACCCGGAUGGCAAUGUGGCUCUUCUCCGAGAUGAAAAACAGCGGUUGUCGUCCCGAUGCUUCUGUUUACAACGCUCUCAUAACAGCUCAUCUUCACACGCGGGACAAGGCAAAAGCUCUGGAGAAAGUCCUUGGUUACUUGGACAAAAUGAAAGGCAUGGAGCGUUGUCAACCCAACGUCGUGACUUACAACAUCCUCUUGAGGGCUUUUGCUCAGUCUGGUAAAGUGGACCAAGUCAACGCUCUGUUUAAAGACUUGGACAUGAGUGCGGUUUCUCCAGACGUUUAUACCUUUAAUGGUGUGAUGGAUGCGUAUGGGAAAAACGGGAUGAUCAAGGAGAUGGAAUCUGUGCUUACUCGUAUGAGGAGCAACGAGUGCAAGCCAGAUAUCAUCACUUUCAAUCUGCUUAUUGAUUCGUAUGGUAAGAAGCAAGAGUUUGAGAAGAUGGAGCAGACUUUCAAGAGUUUGAUAAGGUCCAAGGAGAAGCCUACUCUUCCCACUUUCAACUCGAUGAUCAUAAACUAUGGGAAAGCUCGCCUGAGAGAUAAGGCCGAGUGGGUUUUCGAGAAGAUGAAUGAUAUGAACUACGCGCCGAGUUUUAUCACGUACGAGUGCUUGAUCAUGACGUACGGUUACUGUGGUUGUGUUUCCAGAGCGAGGGAAGUAUUCGAGGAGGUUGUUGAGUCAGAGAAGGUGUUGAAGGCGUCAACGCUCAACGCCAUGCUUGAGGUUUACUGUCUCAACGGUCUUCACAUGGAAGCAGAUAAGCUUUUCUAUAACGCAAGUGCUUUUAGAGUUCAUCCUGAUGCGUCAACGUAUAAGCUUCUAUAUAAAGCGUACACUAAGGCAGAGAUGAAGGAGCAUGUGCAGAUGCUGAUGAAGAGAAUGGAGAAAGAUGGGAUUGUGCCUAACAAGAGAUUCUUCUUGGAAGCCCUUGAAGCUUUUGGGUCAAGACUACCUGGUUCGGAUUCUGUCAAAAGGAACGAGCAGGCCACCUAAUGACUUGGUGGAAAGCAAUUGACUGAUUGCAUACGCUCCAAUAAGAAGUAAUCCAGUAACCCCCUCACCGUUCCCUUGAAUGUGUACACAUGGUGACUGGUAUUACAACUAGAGUUCCAGUUUAGGCUUUAGACUAGUCUUUAACAUUAUUUUCAUAUAAUUGAAGAAGAAGCAUGUUUGGGAACUGACUUUUCCAACAUUGGAAAAGGAAACGGCAGAAACAAGUGUUUGGAGAACUUGAAUGGAGUAGACAUGAUAAAAGAUUCGAGAGCUGAAUCAACAAUUCUCUUCGUUUCAAGAACAUAUAAAAUGGGAAGAUCUAAGAGAAGAAGGAACUGUUCACUAUAGUCUUGCAAUCAUUUUGGUAAAUUGUUGUAACUAAUAAGUUUCAUAUAAAAAAGGAAAAACAAAGCGUCAUUGUUGUGUGUU